AGCAUUUCACGGCUUACAUUUGAUUCUCUGGUCGACCCCAGUGUUAUCAAUCACCACAGCCGGCAAUCUUCUUCUCCGGCGACCCACACUCCGGCGAUUCCAGAUGGAGAAAGAACCUCUCCUUCCCAUGUCCACACCCAGAAUUUCACUCCCAAUUCCCAUUUCCCUUUGCCCUUUGCCGGAAGACGAUGAAAUCACAGUUCCUCCCUUGACCCCUUCCGAAUUCAAAGACCGGCUAAUCUUCGGUUCCGCUUCUCCUCCUUCUUCCUCCUCCUUCACAAACCCCUUCCGAGACCCAAACUCCAAUCUCGAUGCUUUCGAUUUUCCCUCCCAGCCUUUUGCUUCGGACCCGAAUUCCAAUAUUGAUUUGAAUGCGUCGGACCCUAAAUCCAGUUUUGAUCGGAAAUCAAAUUGCAGCUCAUGGUCGAAGAGUAAUCUUCACAGAUCCAAGACUGCCCCUGCCUUGGCCACCAUCAAUGAUAUUGAGAACCACCAGUCUUCCACUCCCAAGCCACCAGUUAAGCUGCCAAUUGUGAGGCAAGCUGUUUUGCUUUUGGGUCUCUACUUGAUUCUUGGGGUGGCUAUAUAUUCUUUGUUCAAGGAAAAUUUUAGGGGGUCUGAGACCCACCCUGUGGUUGAUGCUCUUUACUUCUGCAUUGUCACAAUGUGUACUAUUGGUUAUGGGGACAUAACUCCCGAUAGUCCUGCUACAAAGCUAUUCUCUGUCAUGUUUGUGCUUGUGGGUUUCGGGUUUAUUGACAUUCUGUUGAGUGGGAUGGUUAGUUAUGUUCUUGAUUUGCAAGAGUCUUAUCUGUUGAAGGCUAUUAAGGGUAAGGGCAGGCAUGACCCUGGUUCUUACAUAUUCGAUGUGAAGAAAGGGAGGAUGAGGAUUCGAAUGAAGGUCACACUGGCAUUGGGUGUUGUGGUUCUCUGCAUUGGGGUGGGGGUUCUAGUGAUGCACUUUGUUGAAAGGCUUGGGUGGUUAGAUUCGCUCUACUUAUCAGUUAUGUCUGUUACUACCGUUGGGUAUGGCGACAGGGCAUUCGAAUCCAUGCCUGGUAGGAUUUUUGCGUCCUUUUGGUUGCUUGUGUCAACUCUUGCUGUCGCGAGAGCCUUUCUUUACCUGGCCGAGGCAAGAGUGGAUAAAAGGCAUAGGAUGAUGGCAAAAUGGGUGCUUGAUCAGGAUUUGACCGUUUCACAGUUUUUUGCUGCCGACAUUGAUAACAAUGGUUUUGUCACUAAAUCUGAAUACAUAGUAUACAAGCUGAAGGAGAUGGGAAAGAUAUCCGAGAAAGAUAUUUUUCUGGUCUGCAAACAAUUUGAAAGGUUGGAUUCGGGCAAUUGUGGGAGGAUCACCCUUGCUGAUCUAAUGGAAAGCCACCAUUGAACAAUCACCACAUUUGCCCAGCCGAGACCAAAAGAUUAAACCGGAAAGAAAGCUGGCCAUGACAGUUGCGCUUUCAAUUGUCUGAGAUUUUUGGUGGUGCAGAAGAAAAAAUCUUCAUUUAAAGGUUAAGAUGGGAUGAGACAUUAGAAGCUUCAGAAACCAGAAUCAGAUCAUAAUUGUGUCAUUUCAGUUCUUUGAAACGUAUAUACCAUUACCAGGUAGAUAUAUAUAUUUAGACAUUUGUCUGCCACAAGUUUUGCUCUCACCAUUGUUGUUACCUGUGGUUGUGAAUAUUCUUGUAAACACUAACAUAUUAAGCCUUUUUCAUGAACAUAAGUAUUGUAUUGAU